AUGGGUAUUGUAAAAUUUGAUGAAGCGACUAAGGUAGAAAAUCCGUUAUCGAACCACACUGACAAUGGGGUAAAUAUGAUAGGCGAAGACAGAAGAAUCAAGGCAGACAUUACGGAUGUGAAAACUCCUUUGAGAUGGGUCUGGAAGGAGAUGGUAAAAAGGGGACUAAUCGUCUCAGAAGGAAGCUGUGAAAGGAGGGGGAACUACUGCGAGUUCCACCAUGAAAUGGGGCAUGAAAUCCAGGAAUGUACGGAGUUCAGGGCCAUGGUACAGGGUAUGAUGGAUAAUAAUGAGAUGGAAUUCUGUGAAGGAGUUCAGAGGGAGAGUCAUAUAUGCGCGUCAGAGUCGGCAUUGGGAGUUCUAAAGGCUAACCAUCCUGUGGUUAUCAUCUCGAGGCCUAAGAACAAUGAGGCUGGGGCACGAGUAACACCAAAGGUUAUCAUUCAAAAGCCGACAGUGAUUGCAUAUAAGGACAACAAGCAGGUUCCCUGGAAUUACGAUUGUAAUGUGACAAUCCCGGGGAAGGAGGAUGUAAUCAGUAAGAGGGAUCAGGAUGAGGGUUCCUAUACUCGUAGUGGAAAGCACUAUGAUCAGAUGAAAGCUCGAGUAGUUCCGAGAAAAGCUUUGGAAGAAAAGAAAGAGAAUGUACUCGAACCUGAACUAUUGGUUAAUGAACCAAUAAGAGAGGAAGAAGCUAGAGAGUUCUUGAAGUUCCUAAAGUAUAGCGAGUACAGUGUGGUGGAACAACUGCACCAACAACCAGCUCGCAUAUAUGUGCUAGCUUUACUCUUGAACUCGGAGGGACAUCGAAAUGCACUACUGAAGGUGCUAAAUGAAACUUAUGUGGCCGACGAUAUCUCUGUUAACAAGUUGGAUCGACUGGUCGGCAAUAUAAACGCUGAUAACUUCAUCUCCUUUAGCGAUGAUGAAAUACCACCUGGGGGUAUGGGAUCUACUAGAGCUUUACACAUCACUGCAAGGUGUAAAGGGUGCAUAUUACCAGGAGUUCUGGUAGACAACGGGUCAGCACUGAAUGUAUUGCCUCUAUCCACGCUCAACAGGCUACCUGUGGAUAGUUCACAUAUGAAGUCGUGCCAGAAUGUGGUGAGAGCAUUUGAUGGCACCGAGAGGAAAGUCAUGGGAAGAAUUGACAUACCCUUGUUAAUUGGCCCAACUAUCUAUGAGGUAGAUUUCUUGGUUAUGGACAUCAAGCCUUCUUACAGUUGCCUAUUAGGAAGGCCAUGGAUUCAUUCAGCAGGAGCGGUACCGUCAUCGUUACAUCAAAAACUGAAGCUGGUGUCAGAAGGUCGGCUAGUGACGAUAAAUGCUGAAGAAGAUAUCAUUGCAUCUGUGACCAACGAUGCGCCUUAUUUGGAAAUAAGUGAUGAUGCAAUCGAGUGCUCUUUCCGUUCCUUGGAGUUCGUAAAUGCAACAUUCAUCCUUGAGGGAAACAAGAUCCCGUUGCGGAGAAUAUCAAAGACCACAAAGAUGGGUCUGCAAUUGACAGUUGGAAAGGGAGCUUUGCCGAGAAAAGGAUUGGGGAAGUAUCUUCAGGGCCGAGUUGAGGCUCUAGUGUUGAAAGACAAGCAGGACCGUUUUGGCUUAGGAUACAAGCCAGAUGCUAGGCAGAAGAGGAUAGAGCAAGAAAAGAAGCGAGCGAAAAGAAGGGCUCGUUUGACAGGUGAUGAAGUCAAAUGGGAGCCUAUGACCUUUCCUCACCUAUCCAAGACUUUUGUAUCGGGAGGAUUCAUCUAUCAAGGAAUGCUAGGUGUCGAAAGUAUUAACACGGAGUUAAAAAGUAUUCAUGCCGUGUAUGAAGAAGCGACGGGAGGAGAAACAUUGCAGGAUAUUCAACCUUACGAACCGGGAAGUGUACUAAACAACUGGACUGCAGAAGAAAUACCUGUAGUUUUUAGGAUUUCCUCAGAGUAA